AUGCGGGUGGCACCCAGGGUGCUCUUCCUCGUCCGCGACGCCGCGGGCUACGGCGCGGCCCUCGCGGACGCGCUCCGUCCGCGGCCCGGGCUAACGAGGGAGUCCUCGCCCUUCGAGCUCCCGCUCGGCAAGUACGGCCUCGACGGAGAGAAGGCGUCCGGCGAGCUCCUGAGCUUUUCCGAUUCCAGUGGCUCUCCACAGGUAAGGGCACAAGAGGAUUUCUACCUGUCUCAUUUAUUUGAUUCGAUUCGUGUCCUGCCAGUUAAAAUGUAG